CAGUCAGGAGACUUCCAAUGGGACAUCUGUGGAAGUUUGUCAGAGUGUUUGGUGACAAGCCAAACUUCUUUCACCUAAGAAAGUAAAGAUGCUGGCGCGGCUUCCUCGUGAUCGCUUCUUAAGGGAAUGCAAUUUCCUCAGCCCAGUACAUCACGGGCACAUCCCUCCCCACCGUCGGGAGUAUCUACAGGAGGGGCUGCCUCAAGAAGGCAACGUCCGUCGUCAGAGAUCCCGCCACCCUCCGGGCCGUGCCGUCUCCUCGCAGCUCCCGUCGGGCAGGAGGUACAGAAGCCUGAAGUCCCCACACCACCAGCGCAGAAAACCUGCAGCCCCAAGCAGUUCGUCUGCAAGGACGGCAUAACGUGUAUAUCGAAAGGCUGGAGGUGUGACGGAGAGAAGGACUGUCCCGACGGUUCCGACGAAACAGCGGACGUCUGUCCGCAUCAAUCUGCCUUCAAGUGCGCUGUGAAUGAAUACCAGUGUCUUGGGAUGGAGCUCUGUAUCCCGAUGAGCAAGCUGUGUGAUGGGGUUCGAGACUGCUCGGAUGGCUACGAUGAAGGACCUCAUUGCAGAGACGGUGCCGAGAACUGUACCAGGAUCGGCUGCCAGCAUCGAUGCGCGGUCACGCACACCGGAGCGGUCUGCUACUGCAACAACUCGUUCGCCUUGGCCGAGGACGGAACGACUUGCAAGGAUUUCGACGAAUGUUCCAUCUAUGGGACCUGCAGCCAGACCUGCACCAACACAGAGGGCUCCUACACCUGCAGCUGUGUCGAAGGAUACCUUCUCCAGCCCGAUAACAAGUCCUGCAAAGCAAAAAACGAACCGGUAGAUCGGCCCCCGGUCCUCCUCAUUGCCAACUCCCAGACCAUCAUCGCUAGCAACCUCCAAGGGGUCAGCAUCAGUUUCAUCAACCCGGUCAGGACCAAGCAGACCACCGCCAUGGACUUCAUCUACGCCAAGGAGACCGUGUGCUGGGUCCACGUGGGAGACACGGCCUCCGAGUCUCAGCUCAAGUGCGCCAAGAUCACCAACCUCAAGGGCUUCUCGGAAGAGCGGGUCAUCAACAUCACCCUCAGCGUCCACCAUGUGGAGCAGAUGGCCAUUGACUGGCUGACGGGGAACUUCUACUUUGUGGACGAUGUGGACGACCGUAUCUUUGUCUGCAACGAGGGUGGGGACACCUGCGUCAUUCUGCUGGAUUUGGAGCUGUACAACCCCAAGAGUAUCGCCCUGGAUCCAACCAUGGGAAAGGUGUUCUUCACGGACUACGGACAGAUUCCGAAGGUGGAGCGGUGUGACAUGGACGGACAGAACCGAACCAAGAUCGUGGACAGCAAGAUCGUCUUCCCCCACGGGAUCACCCUGGACCUGGUGACCAAGCUGGUGUACUGGGCAGACGCCUACUUGGACUACAUCGAAGUGGUGGACUACGAGGGCAAACACAGACACGCCAUCAUCCAGGGGCAAUUCAUCGAGCACCUCUACGGGCUGACGGUGUUCGAGAACUACAUGUACGCCACCAACUCGGACAGUGCCAACGAGCAGCAGAAGACCAGCGUGGUCCGGGUCAACCGCUUCAAUAGCACCGACCUGCAGGUGGUGACGAGGGUCGACAAGGGGGGCGCGCUGCAUGUCUAUCACCAGCGUCGGCAGCCGAGUGUACGGAGCCAUGCCUGUGAGCCGGACCAGUUCAACAAGCCCGGGGGCUGCUCGGACAUCUGCCUGCUGGGGAACAGCCACAAGUCCCGGACGUGUCGCUGCCGCUCUGGAUUCAGCCUGGGCAGUGACGGCAAGUCGUGUAAAAAGCCGGAUCAUGAGCUGUUCCUGGUCUACGGGAAGGGGCGUCCGGGGAUAAUCCGGGGCAUGUCCAUGAACGACAAGGUCCCGGACGAGUACAUGAUCCCCAUCGAGAACCUCAUCAAUCCCCGGGCACUGGACUUCCACGCCGAGACCGGCUACAUCUACUUCGCCGACACCACCAGCUACCUCAUCGGCCGGCAGAAGAUAGACGGCACAGACCGGGAGACGAUCCUCAAAUCCGGACUGAACAACGUGGAGGGGCUGGCUGUGGACUGGAUGGCCGACAACCUGUACUGGACGGACGACGGGCCAAAGAAGUCCAUCAGCGUGGCCCGGCUGGAGAAGGCCUCCCAGACCAGGAAGACCCUCAUCGAGGGCAAGAUGACCCACCCGCGGGCCAUCGUCGUCGAUCCCUUGCACGGGUGGAUGUACUGGACGGAUUGGGAGGAGGAUCCAAAGGACACGAAGCGGGGGAAGAUCGAGAGGGCCUGGAUGGACGGCACCCACCGCAACGUCUUCGUCACCUCCAAGACCAUCCUCUGGCCCAACGGCCUCAGCCUGGACGCCCAGAACGAGAUACUGUACUGGUGCGAGGCCUACUACGACAGGAUCGAGAGGAUCUUCCUCAACGGCACAGACAGGAGGGCGGUGUACGAGCGGGGAGAGCUGAGCCACCCUUUCGGAUUCACCCACUACGGCAGCUACCUGUUCUGGACAGAGUACCGCAGCGGGAAGAUCUACCGGUAUGAUCAGGCGGCCAAGGUUGUCACUCUGCUGAGGAGUGAACGCCCCCCAACGUUUGAGAUCCGCAUGUACGAUGCCCAGCAGCAGCAAGGGUCGAACGCCUGUCGUGUCAACAACGGAGGAUGCAGCAGUCUCUGCCUCGCCAACCCAGAGGGCAGGUCAUGUGCCUGUGCUGAGGAUCAGAUCCUGGACACGGACAAUGUUACCUGUAAAGCGAACCCUUCCUACGUGCCUCCCCCACUCUGCCAAGCCGGAGAGUUUGCCUGCAAGAACGGCCGGUGCAUUCAGGAACGCUGGAAGUGUGACGGGGAUAACGACUGUCUGGAUAACAGUGACGAAGUGCCAGAAAUCUGCCACCAACACACCUGCCCGUCUGAUCGGUUCAAGUGCCAGAACAACAGGUGCAUUCCGAUAAGAUGGCUCUGCGACGGGGAUAACGACUGCGGGCACAGUGAGGACGAGUCCAACGCCACGUGUUCAGCACGCACCUGCCCACCCAACCAGUUCUCCUGUGCUAAUGGACGGUGCAUACCCAACUCCUGGACCUGUGACUUGGAUGACGAUUGCGGGGAUCGGUCGGACGAGCCUGCGUCUUGCGCCUAUCCCACCUGCUUCCCAUUGACACAGUUCACCUGCAAUAACGGGCGAUGCAUCAACAUCAACUGGCGCUGUGACGCUGACAACGACUGUGGGGACGGCAGCGAUGAGGCCGGCUGUACGCACUCCUGCUCCAGCGCCCAGUUCAAAUGCAACAGCGGCCGCUGCAUCCCCGGGCACUGGACCUGCGACGCCGACAACGACUGCGGUGAUUACAGCGACGAGACCAAUGCCAACUGCACCAACCAAGCCACCCGCCCCCCCGGAGGUUGUCACGGGGACGAGUUCCAGUGCCAGAUGGACGGCCUAUGCAUCCCCAUGCGCUGGCGGUGUGACGGGGAUACCGAUUGUGUGGACUCCAGCGACGAGCGCAGCUGCGAGGGAGUCACCCACAUGUGCGACCCCAGCAUCAAGUUCGGCUGCAAGGAUUCCGGCCGCUGCAUCAGCAAGACCUGGGUGUGUGAUGGGGAUAACGAUUGUGAGGACAACUCUGACGAGGAGAACUGCGAGGCACUGGUGUGCAAGCCCCCCUCCCACUCCUGCGCCAAGAACACCUCCGUCUGCCUGCCCCCCGAGAAGCUCUGCAACGGGAUCAACGACUGUGCUGACGGCUCAGACGAGGGCGAGCUCUGUGGUGAGUUGCUCCUCAACAACGGAGGCUGCAGCCACAACUGCACGGUGGCCCCCGGGGAGGGCAUCGUCUGCUCCUGCCCCCUGGGCAUGGAGCUGGGCGCGGACAGGAAGGCCUGUCAGAUCCAGAGCUACUGCGCCAAGCACCUCAAGUGCAGCCAGCGCUGCGAGCAGUACAAGACCAUCGUUAAGUGCUCCUGCUACCAGGGCUGGGUCCUACUCCCCGACGGCAAGAGCUGUGCCAGUUCCGACCCAUUCAAACCGUUCAUUAUAUUUUCCAACCGACAUGAGAUUCGUCGCAUCGACCUCCGCAAGGGGGAGUUCAGCGUGCUGGUCCCCGGUCUGAGGAACACCAUCGCUCUGGAUUUCCACCUGAACCAGAGCUCGCUGUACUGGACGGACGUGGUGGAAGACAAGAUUUACAGGGGGAAGCUGUCUGAGGGCGGAGGUAGGUUUAGCGUUGAGGUGGUGGUGCAGUACGGCUGGCCACAUCCCGAGGGCCUUGCCGUGGACUGGAUCGCGGGGAACAUUUACUGGGUGGAGAGCAACUUGGACCAGAUCGAGGUGGCAAAGCUCGACGGCUCGAUGCGCACCACCCUCAUCGCCGGGGACAUCGAACACCCUCGUGCCAUUGCCUUGGAUCCGCGGGACGGGAUACUGUUCUGGACGGACUGGGAUGCAAGUCAACCUCGAAUAGAAGCGGCCUCCAUGAGUGGUGUGGGUCGCCGGUCCAUCCACCGGGAGGUGGGAGCUGGCGGUUGGCCAAACGGGUUGACGGUCGAUUACCUGGAACGGCGGAUCCUCUGGAUUGAUGCUAGGGGAAACGCCAUCUAUUCUGCGCUGUACGACGGCAGCAGGCUGAUCGAAGUUCUGCGGGGCCAUGAGUACCUCUCGCACCCCUUCGCGGUCACCCUGUACGGGGGAGAGGUCUACUGGACGGACUGGCGCACCAACACCCUGGCCAAGGCCAAUAAGUGGACGGGGCACAACGUCACCGUGGUUCAGCGGACCAACACACAACCCUUCGACUUGCAGGUCUACCACCCCUCCAGGCAACCCCAGGCUCCGAACCCAUGUGCGGCCAAUGGAGGGAAGGGACCCUGCUCGCACCUCUGCCUCAUCAACUACAAUGCCACGCCGUCCUGCGCUUGUCCCCACCUGAUGAAGCUGGCCGAGGACAAGAAAACCUGUUUCGAGUUUAAGAAGUUCCUGCUGUACGCCCGUCAUGAGAUCCGGGGCGUGGACAUCGAGAACCCGUACUACAACUUCAUCAUCUCCUUCACUGUGCCCGACAUCGACAACGUAACCGUGGUGGAUUACGAUGCCGCGGAGCACCGCAUCUACUGGUCUGACGUCCGCACCCAGACCAUCAAACGCGCCUUCAUCAACGGCACCGGGGUGGAGACCAUCAUCUCUGCAGACCUGCCCAACGCCAACGGCCUGGCCAUCGACUGGGUCUCCAGGAACCUCUUCUGGACCAGUUACGGGGCGAACAAGAAGCAAAUCAGGGCUCGGCUGGACGGCAGCUUCAAGAACGCAGUGGUUCAGGGGCUGGACAAACCCCACUGCCUGGUCCUGCACCCCCUGCUGGGCAAGCUGUUCUGGACGGACGGAGACACCAUCAACUCUGCCAACAUGGACGGUACCAACAGGACGACUCUGCUUACCAAUCAGAAGAGACCCGUGGGGCUGUCGAUCGACUACAGCGAGGAGAGGCUGUACUGGAUCAGCUCGGAGAACGGGACCAUCAGCCACUGCGCUCUGGACGGCAGCGACCUGGUCGUCAUCGAGAGCAUGCAGGGUCAGCUCACCAAGGCGACAGCGCUGGCCGUCAUGGGUGACCGUCUGUGGUGGGCCGACCAAGGGUCAGAACAGAUGGGGACCUGCUCCAAGGACGGCUCGGACGUGGUGGUCCUGAGGAACAGCACCACCCUGGUCAUGCACAUGAAGGUCUACGACGAGGAGAUCCAGACCGGAAGGAACCCUUGCAGCAAGAAGAACGGGGACUGCUCGCAGCUCUGCCUGCCCAACUCCCCCACCACCAGGUCCUGCAUGUGUACGGCCGGCUACAGCCUGAGGAGCAGUCAGCGAUCCUGCGAAGGAGUGGGGUCGUUCCUGCUCUACUCUGUGCACGAGGGUAUCCGAGGAAUCCCGCUCGACCCCAACGACAAAUCGGAUGCUCUGGUUCCCGUCUCCGGCACCUCGCUGGCCGUUGGCAUCGACUUCCAUGCAGAGAACGACACCAUCUACUGGGUGGACAUGGGGCUCAGCACCAUCAGCAGGGCGAAGCGAGACCAGACCUGGCGGGAAGACGUGGUCACCAACGGCAUCGGCCGCGUUGAAGGCAUCGCUGUCGACUGGAUCGCCGGCAACAUUUACUGGACCGACCAAGGGUUCGACGUCAUCGAGGUGGCGCGCCUGAACGGGUCAUUCCGAUACGUGGUGGUGUCCCAGGGACUGGACAAACCUCGCGCCAUAACGGUCCACCCAAAGAAGGGAUACCUGUUCUGGACGGAGUGGGGUCAGUACCCCCGGAUCGAGAGGGCGCGGCUGGACGGCACGGAACGGUCAGUCCUGGCCAACACCUCCAUCAGCUGGCCCAACGGGAUCUCCAUCGACUACCUGGAAGGGAAGCUGUACUGGUGCGAUGCACGCACAGACAAGAUCGAGCGCAUCGACCUGGAGACGGGCAAGAACAGAGAGGCCAUCCUCUCCAGCAACAACAUGGACAUGUUCGCCGUGUCCGUGUUCGAAGACUACAUCUACUGGAGUGACAGGACCCACGCAAAUGGAUCCAUCAAACGAGGGCCGAAGGAUAACGCGACGGACUGCGUCUCUCUGAGAACAGGGGUUGGUGUGCAGCUGAAAGAUGUGAAAGUGUUCAAUAGAGAGAGACAGAAAGGCACCAACAUCUGCGCCCAGAACAACGGAGGGUGCGAACAGCUGUGCCUGUACCGGGGCAACGGGCAGCGGACUUGUGCCUGUGCGCACGGCAUGCUGUCGGAGGACGGGGCCUCCUGCCGGGACUACGAUGGCUACCUGCUGUACUCGGAGCGCACCAUCCUCAAGAGCAUCCACCUCUCGGACGAGACCAAUCUCAACUCCCCGGUCAAGCCCUUUGAGGACCUGGACUUCAUGAAGAACGUCAUCGCCCUGGCGUUCGACUACGGCCGGGGUCCCAAGGGCGGCAACCGCAUUUUCUUCAGCGACAUCCACUUUGGGAACAUUCAACAGGUCAGCGACGACGGGUCUGGACGGAGGACCAUUGUGGACAACGUGGGGUCCGUGGAAGGUCUGGCGUACCACCGGGCCUGGGAUGCGCUCUACUGGACCAGCUACACCACCUCCACCAUCACCCGACACAGCGUGGACCAGAGCCGCCAGGGCGCCUUCGACCGGGAGACGGUGGUCACCAUGUCGGGGGAGGACCACCCCCGGGCCUUCGUGCUGGACGAGUGCCUCAGCCUGAUGUUUUGGACCAACUGGAAUGAGCAGCACCCCAGCAUCAUGAGGGCCUUCCUCAGCGGCUCCAGUGUGUUUGUCAUCAUCGGGACGGACAUCCGCACCCCCAACGGCCUGGCCAUCGACCACCCCGCCGAGAAGCUCUACUUCUCCGAUGCCACACUGGACAAGAUCGAACGUUGCGAGUACGAUGGCUCCAACAGAAAGGUGAUCCUGAAAUCAGAGCCAGUGCACUCCUUCGGCCUGGCCGUGUACGGCAGCUUCAUCUUCUGGACGGACUGGGUGCGGCGGGCGGUGCUGCGGGCCGACAAGUACACCGGCGGAGACCUCCGCGUCCUGCGAGCCGACAUCCCGCAGCAGCCCAUGGGGAUCGUCGCCGUGGCCAACGACACCAACAACUGCAAGCUGUCACCUUGCAAGCUCUUCAACGGAGGCUGCCAGGAUCUCUGCCUCCUCACGGCCGAGGGCAGGGUCAAGUGUGCCUGUCGUGGUGAUCGGAGACUCAUGAACGACUUCACCUGCAGCGCUCCGAAUUCCAGCUGCAACCUGUACAGCGAGUUUGAGUGCGGGAACGGGGAUUGCGUCAACUACAGUCUGACCUGCGACGGAGUGGCUCACUGCAAGGACCGGUCAGAUGAGAAGCCCUCGUUCUGCAGCAACCGCAAGUGCAGGAAGGGCUACCGGCGGUGUUUGAACGGCCGUUGUGUGCCCGUCGGGAGCUGGUGCAACGGGGUGGACGAGUGCGGUGACGAUUCCGACGAGGCCUUCUGUAACAAGACCUCGUGUGCAGUGGAAGAGUUCAGGUGCAGAGACGGCAGCUGUAUGGGCAACUCGACCAGGUGCAACCAGGUGGUGGACUGUCCCGACGCCUCAGACGAGAUGAACUGCACCACAGUCACGGACUGCGCUCACUACUUCAAGCUGGGUGUGAAGGCCGACUCCUUCCUCAAGUGCCCUGCCACCUCACUCUGCUACCUGCCCGCCUGGAAGUGCGAUGGUUCCAACGACUGUGGGGAUUACUCCGAUGAGCAGGACUGCCCAGAUCCUCGGGGGUCCAAGUGCAAUCCGAACUACUUCGCUUGCCAGAGCGGACGGUGUAUCCCCGCCAGCUGGGUGUGCGACAUGGAACAAGACUGCGAGAAAGGAGAGGACGAGAGCCACUGCAAUAAGUUCUGCCACCACUUUGAAUUUGAAUGCAAGAAUCACCGGUGCAUCACCGAUCGGUGGCAUUGCGAUGGCUCAGAUGAUUGUGGCGAUGGCUCAGAUGAAGAUUCCCGCUGCGAGAUGGCAACCUGCGGACCGGAUCUGAUGAAGUGCCCCGGGUCGCACGUGUGUGUUCCGGCUGCCUGGAAGUGUGACGGCGAUAAGGACUGUCCAGACGGUGCGGACGAGAGCGCGGCUGCCGGCUGUGUCUACAAUGACACGUGCGGCGACGGGGAGUUCAUGUGCCAGAACAGGCGCUGCAUCCCCAAACACUUCAUCUGUGACCACGACAACGACUGUGGCGAUGGCUCCGACGAGUCUCCCGAGUGUGUGUACCCGACCUGCAGCCCCACCGAGUUCCGCUGUGCCAACGGCAGGUGCCUCAUCAACAGCAACUGGGAGUGCGACGGGGAGCUGGACUGUCAUGACCUGUCCGACGAGGCUCCCAGGAACCCACAUUGUGCGGGCUCUGAGAAGAAAUGCAACGAGUCGUUCUUUCUCUGCAACAACGGGAUCUGCGUCAACGAGACUUACCUGUGUGACAACAGCAAUGACUGUGGCGAUGGCUCCGACGAGCUCAACUGCUUCAUCAACGAGUGCCUGAACAGGGAAAUGAACGGCUGCUCCCAGGAGUGCGAGGACUUGAAGAUUGGAUUCAAAUGCAGGUGCCGGGCGGGCUUCAGGUUGAAGGAUGACAGGAAGACCUGUGUGGAUCUGGACGAGUGUUCCACUACUUACCCAUGCAGCCAGUUCUGCUUCAACACGUACGGCAGCUACCGCUGCAGCUGUGCGGAGGGCUACACCCAGCGGAUCCUGGACCCCACCGGCUGCAAAGCAAAUUCAGAUGAAGAAGCCUUCCUGAUAUUUGCGAAUCGGUAUUACUUACGAAAGCUUGACCUCGACGGUUCCAACUAUUCUCUGCUCAAACAGGGCCUCAACAACGCUGUGGCGCUGGACUUCAACUACAGGGAUCAACACGUGUACUGGACUGACGUCACGACGCAGGGCAGCAUGAUCCGCAGAAUGCAUCUGAACGGCAGCAGUGUGGAGGUACUGCACAGGACGGGGCUGAGUAACCCCGACGGCCUGGCUGUGGACUGGGUGGGCGAGAAUCUGUACUGGUGCGACAAGGGCAGGGACACCAUCGAGCUCUCCAAACUCAACGGGGCCUACCGUACCGUGCUGGUCAACACUGGGCUGAGGGAGCCUCGCGCUCUGGCCGUGGACGUCAGGAAUGGCUACCUGUACUGGUCCGACUGGGGAGAGCACCCACACAUCGGGAGGAUCGGCAUGGAAGGCAGCAACCGGAGCCUGGUGGUGGACAGCAAGAUCACCUGGCCCAACGGCCUCACCCUGGACUACGUCAACAACCGCAUCUACUGGGCGGACGCCCGCGAGGACUACAUCCAGUUCGCUGACCUUGACGGGGCUAACAGACACAUCGUCCUGGCCCACGACAUCCCUCACAUCUUCGCCUUGACCCUCUUCGAGGACUUCAUCUACUGGACGGACUGGGAGACCAAGUCUGUCAACCGGGCCCACAAGAGCACGGGCAAGAACAAGACCCUGUUGAUCGGCACCCUGCACCGACCCAUGGACAUCCAGAUCUACCAUCCCUACAGGCAGCCUGAAGUCCCCAACCACCCCUGCAGAAACAAUAACGGGGGCUGCAGCAACCUUUGCCUGCUCUCCCCGGGGGGCGGCUACAAGUGUGCCUGUCCUACCAACUUCUACCUCGCUGCGGACGCCAGAACCUGCCUCUCCAACUGCACCGCGAGUCAGUUUGUCUGCAAGAACGACAAGUGCAUCCCCUUCUGGUGGAAGUGCGACACGGAGGACGACUGCGGUGAUCGUUCAGACGAGCCGGCAGACUGUCCUGAGUUCAAGUGCCGACCCGGACAGUUUCAGUGUGGAACCGGACACUGCACCAACCCGGCCUUCAUCUGUGACGGUGACAAUGAUUGUCAGGACAGCUCGGACGAGGCCAACUGUGAGAUCCACGUCUGCCUGCCCAGCCAGUUCAAGUGCACCACCGCCAACCGCUGCAUCCCCGCCAUCUUCCGCUGCAACGGCCAGGAUAACUGUGGCAACGGCGAGGACGAGAGGGACUGCCCGGAGGUAACCUGUGCGGCGAACCAGUUCCAGUGUGCUACAACCAAGAGGUGCAUCCCCCGGGUGUGGGUCUGUGAUCGGGACAACGAUUGCAUGGACCACUCGGACGAGCCCGCCAACUGCACCCAGAUGACCUGCGGGGUGGACGAGUUCCGCUGCAAGGAUUCCGGCCGCUGCAUCCCGGCUCGCUGGAAAUGCGACGGGGAGGACGACUGCGGCGACGGGUCUGACGAGCCCAAGGAGGAAUGUGACGAGCGGACCUGCGAGCCCUACCAGUUCCGCUGUCGGAACAACCGCUGCGUCCCCGGCCGCUGGCAGUGCGACUACGACAACGACUGUGGAGACAACUCGGACGAGGAGGGCUGCACUCCUCGGGCCUGUUCGGAGAGCGAGUUCGCCUGCGCCAACGGGCGCUGCAUUGCUGGGCGCUGGAAAUGCGACGGGGACCAUGACUGUGCAGACGGUUCUGACGAGAAAGACUGCGUGGUGCGGUGUGAGGCCGACCAGUUCCAGUGUCGCAACGGUCACUGCAUCCCCCACCGCUGGCACUGCGACAGCGACGCCGACUGCAUGGACGCAAGUGACGAAGACAACUGUGGCUCCGUGGUGAGGACCUGCCCGCUGGAUGAAUUCCAGUGCAACAACACGCUCUGCAAACCGCUGGCCUGGAGGUGUGACGGGGAGGACGACUGUGGUGAUAACUCGGAUGAGAAUCAGGCUGAGUGCUUGAAGUUCCAGUGCCCACCGAACAGGCCAUUCCGGUGCAAGAACGACCGGGUGUGUCUCUGGAUCGGUCGCCGGUGUGACGGGGUUGACAACUGUGGGGACCACUCAGACGAGGACAACUGUGAGAAACCCACCACCAAGCCCCAGGCCUGCGAGAAAGGCCAGUUCACCUGUUCCAACGGCAAGUGCAUCAGCCAGCGGUUCGUCUGCAACAGCUGGGAGGACUGUGGGGACGGAGGGACCGACGAGCAGGAGUGUUCGAAGAAUCCGCAGUGCAGGGUGAACAAGGGUAUCUGUGGGGACAAUGCAGAGUGCAAGGAGAACAAGAGGACCUCGUACUGCGUGUGUCGACACGGCUUCCAUUACAACCACGAUCGGCAUCAGUGUGAAGACAACAAUGAGUGCCUGCAGUUCGGGAUGUGCUCGCAGUUCUGCAACAACACCAAGGGCUCUUACCUGUGCACCUGUUCCAAGAACUACCUGAAGGGACACAACCACACCUGUAAGGCAGAAGGCUCGGAGCAGCAGAUCCUGUACAUCGCGGACGACAACGAGAUCCGCAGUCUCUACCCUUUCAACCCCAACUCUGCCUACGAGCAGGCGUUCCAGGGGGACGAGUCGGUGAGGAUCGACGCCAUGGACGCCCACGUCAAGGCCAAUGUCAUCUACUGGACCAAUUGGCACACGGGCAAGAUCUCCUACCGUGACCUCUCCAGCACCUCGUCCAACCGCAACCGGAGGCAGAUGGACACAGGGGUAGUGGAUCUCAAUAUCCCAGGGUUGAAGAUGCCCCGAGGCAUCGCCGUCGACUGGGUGGCGGAGAACAUCUACUGGACAGACUCGGGACGGGACGUCAUCGAGGUGGCCCAGAUCCACGGGGAAAACCGCAAGACACUGAUCUCGGGGAUGAUCGACGAGCCCCACGCCGUGGUCGUGGACCCGCUGCGGGGCACAAUGUAUUGGUCGGAUUGGGGCAACCAUCCCAAGAUCGAGAAGGCUUCGAUGGACGGGACCUUGCGGCAGACCCUUGUGCAGAACAACUUGCAGUGGCCCACAGGACUGGCUGUCGACUUCUUCAACCAGCGGCUGUACUGGGCGGACGCCAAGCUCUCGGUCAUUGGGAGCGUGCGUCUGGACGGCAGUGACCCUGUGGUGGCCAUCGACAGCAAGCAAGGUCUGAGCCACCCGUUCAGCAUCGACAUCUUCGAGGACUACAUCUACGGCGUGACCUACAUCAACAACCGCAUCUUCAAGGUGCACAAGUUCGGCAGGGACCGCACGCAGACCCUCACCUCCGGGCUCAACCACGCCACUGACGUCGUGCUAGUCCACCAGUACAAGCAACAGGACGUGACAAACCCUUGCGACCGGAAAAAGUGCGAAUGGUUGUGUCUGCUCAACCCCACGGGGGCCACCUGUACCUGCCCGAACAGGAGGGUGAUGGUCAACGGGACCUGCGUGGAGACGUCUUCUCCCACCACCUCUCCCAACACCCCCACGGUCAGCUCCUGCACCCUGCGUUGCCUGAACGGCGGCAGCUGCUUCCUGAACGAGCGCAGCCAGCCCAAGUGCAAGUGCCAGCCGCGCUACACCGGGGACAAGUGCGAGACCGACCAGUGCCGCGACUACUGCCAGAACGGUGGGACCUGCACCGCCUCACCCUCAGGAAUGCCGACGUGCCGGUGUCCGAACGGGUACACGGGUCCGGACUGCCGGCAGAGGGUGUGUGACCGGUACUGUCGGAACGGAGCCUCCUGCGUGGUGAACUCAGGGAACCAACCCUACUGUCGGUGUCCGCCUGGGACCGAUGGGGAGAGGUGUCAGUACAGGAGGUGCACCGGCUACUGCCUGAACUCCGGGCAGUGCCGUCUGACGGAGUACGAUAUGAAGGAGUGCGUCUGCCCCCCCAAGUUCGAGGGGAGCCAGUGCGAGAUCGACAAGUGCGAUCGGUGUAAGGGAGGGGAGUGCACAGUCCAAGCCAGCGGUGUUGUCAGCUGCAAUUGCACCAACGGUAAGGUGGCCCCCAGCUGCCUCACCUGCGAGAAUUACUGCAGGAACAACGGAGACUGUCAGAUCGACCAGCGGACCGGCCUGCCCACCUGCCGAUGUGUCACGGGCUGGACCGGACCCCAGUGCGACCUUCAGGAGAGCGAGGCUGCGUUGGCUGGAAAAACCACCUCAGUCAUCAUCCCGAUCGUCGUCCUGCUGUUGCUCCUGGUGCUGCUGGUGAUUGGUGGCGUCUUCUGGUACAGGAGGCGUUCCCGAGGGGCCAAGGGUUUCCAACACCAGCGGAUGACCAACGGGAUGAUGAACGUGGAGAUCGGGAACCCCACCUACAACAUGUACGAGACAGAACCUGACGACGGCGCGGGCGAGCUGCUGGACUCUGACUUCACGUUGGACCCCGACAAGCCGACCAACUUCACCAACCCCGUCUAUGCCACACUGUACAUGGGAGCCCACAGCAGCCACAGCUCACUGACCAGCACUGACGAGAAGAAGGAGCUACUGCCUGCGGCCGGAGGAGACGACCUGGUGGAUCCCCUGGCGUAACCCCCACCACCCACCCCACCACACCACCCUCCCCCCCCCCCCCCAUCCACCACCCACCCACCCACCCUCAAGGCUCGCUCGGAGUCUCGAAGAAGCGCCCCGGUGCCCCGGACUCGGCGGGGAGAAGACGACAGGGUUUGGGAGGUGGGUGGGUGGGGGGGGGAAGAGGGGGAAGGGGGAUUCUCUCUUUAUUUUUGGUUCCGGUCUCCGGUGGGGGUUGGGGGGAAGGAGGGGCGGGGAGGGGGGGGUUGUGGGACCGGGUGUCGAAUGAUGCCAUUGUGGGCAGGUGAAGGACUAAAAUUUUCUACGUGGAAGACAGUAUUAUAUACAUAUUUUUGUUCUUGAGGAGAGGAUACAUCCCUUGCUUCUUGCCUGAGCUCACCCAAUUUCCCCCACCCAACCAACCACCCCCACCCCCCC